CAUUCAUACCUGAGAGAGAGAGAGUGUGUGUGUGUGUGUGUGCGUGUGGCCUAGCAGGCUGCAUAUAUCUGUCAUGGAAUGAUAAAGCUGUGGUGGGCCAGGUUCUAUAUCAGAUCAGAUCAGAUGUGUGUUAGAUCAAUCCUCUGGAGGCUCCUCCCUCGAUCAGUGAUGAAGGAACCUGUAAUUAGUGAACUCUCUCCUCUCGAGCGAUGUCCUGACACAGCCUCAGAAGUCUGAUGAAGAGACAUGGAUCAGACGGAAUCACCGGCGCCGCAGAAGCCCAGCUGCUUCAGUAUCAAGAGUCUGCUGCGACGACCGGAGAAGCGCGAGCCGCCACCGGGAGACACGGGUCCGGCGGAGGAACCCACCGACACCGCGGAGGAACCGAGCAGAUCCGCGAAGCUCGACAAGCCGCCCUUCAGCUACAACGCGCUGAUCAUGAUGGCGAUCAGACAGAGCCCCGAGAAGAGACUGACGCUGAACGGGAUCUACGAGUUUAUCAUGAAGAACUUUCCGUUCUACCGGGAGCACAAGCAGGGCUGGCAGAACUCCAUCCGCCACAAUCUGAGUCUCAAUAAAUGUUUUGUGAAAGUGCCCAGACAUUAUGAUGACCCGGGGAAAGGCAACUACUGGAUGCUGGACCCCUCGAGCGACGACGUGUUCAUCGGCGGAACCACGGGCAAACUCCGGAGGCGCUCGGUCCCGUCCAGAGGAAAGAUGAGCAUCCGAGGACUGCGGUGUCCCGUGGGGCUGGGGAUGAACGAGACGCCGAACACUCCUCUGUACUGGCAGAUAUCGCCUCUGUUAUCGUUACACCGUCCGCAUUACAACGGGACGCCGCACGGGUUUGUGAAUCCAGCUCACGGUUACGGGUCUCUCGUCCCCGGGGUCGAGCCCGUUCCGGGGAGCUGUGGCGGUGCUCUGGCUCUGACGGACUCUUACGGGAUGUGUUCGUCAGGAUACCUGCAGCAGCACGCGUUCAGCUGUCAGACGUCCCUCACCGACUCCCGGAGGACCGGCUGGGCACCGUUCUCACGCGCCGUUACCGGUGCCUUACCUGCUGCUCUGUCCCGCCGAGACCGAGUCUCUCCGGAGUCCGUUUAAACCCACGGGGAACGUUAUUUCGUUGCGAUGAAAUCAUAUAAUCCUGGACUAAAUGCUUCUUCGCACGGGUUUGCGUCAGAUCGUGCUGUUUACGCAGAAACGGACUCCGGCGCGCACACGACACGCAGUUUAUUCGCCUGGAAAGCGCCAGCGUUUGGGGAAAAAUUACUUUCAUGCGAUUUAACUCCAGACUAUUUAUAUGUCUGAAAUAUAUUAUAUUAUAUUUCAGUCCCGCUGAAAUGAUAUUUGUUGCUGGUCAUAAUUUAAUUGGGAGUCUGAGAAUAAGAUUUAUUUCCGUUUCCUCGGUCCCACUCAUAAGAAAUCUGUCAUGUUUGGUGGUGGAGCUCACAGUUCAAGAGUCCCACAGAUCACAAGCAUUACUUUUGUCUUUUUCAGAUGAAUAAACACAAUAAGGAGAAUCUCUUGUGAGACUGGACUCAGACUUGUUCAAAUUACUAGGCUAUACAUUUUAUUUUACUAAAUGUAGCCUGCCAACAUUAAAGCUGCAGUCGAAUGGUUUUAAAUAUACAAACGAAUUAAAGUCUAGUAUUAAAAUAUUAGGCAUAGGACGCAAUCCGUAAACGAAUAACUGCUAAAUAAACACAUGAUCCAAGAAUCUGUUUUAAUGCAUGCGAUCUAAAGCAGUGUGUUGGUCUGAGGCUGACUGAUUAAAACAUCAACACUGACAGAAAGCAACUCACUUCAGUGGAAGACGAA